AUGGCAGCUGUGGCACUCAAUGGAUCGAACAUAACUACGGGGAACUUUACGAAUCAGUUUGUUCAGCCGCCAUGGCGCAUUGCACUGUGGUCGGUCGCCUACAGCUCCGUUUUGGCGGUGGCUGUGUUCGGAAACCUCAUUGUCAUAUGGAUAAUUCUCGCCCACAAACGAAUGCGGACAGUCACCAACUAUUUCCUUUUGAACUUGGCAUUUUCGGACGCAUCCAUGGCUGCCUUCAAUACUUUAAUUAAUUUCAUAUACGCUGCCCACGGAGACUGGUACUUCGGAGAGGCUUAUUGCAGGUUUCACAACUUUUUUCCCGUCACCUCCGUGUUCGCAAGCAUCUAUUCGAUGACUGCAAUUGCCGUUGAUAGGUAGGCAACUGAUGCUGAUCAUGCUUACUUUUUAAAUCAAUAAUGGUAUUUAUUUAUUAUUAAUUAUUAUGAUUAUUAUUCAGCACUUGUCAUGAUUCUUUACAUGCAUUUUCCACCUGUAAAAAAACCCCAUAGGAUUCACUCUAUCUACAUGGUGAUGCUGAUGAGGUUGUAGGGGAUUGGUAUUCUAUCCAGGCAGUAGGUUGUGUGUGUGUGCAUACCUGCGUGUGUAGGAUGACAGUGUGUUGUGUGAGUGCAUGCCUGCGCGUGUGUGUAGGGUAUAUAUUGGGUGUGAGCGUGUGUCUGUGCAUGCAUACAUGCGUGAAUGUUAAUUUGUGUGUGUGUGCAUGCCUGCAUGUAUCUAUGCUGGGGAGGGCAGUAUAUUGCGUGUGUAAUCAUGAGUUUGCGUGUGUGCGCAUGCGUGUGCCUGUUUGUGUGUCUGUUUGUGAAUGCCUGCAUACAUGCAUGUGCACACAUUUAUGCCUUUAUGUGUGUGUGGAGUGGAUGAGUGUCAGUGGAGGGGUUCAAAGCAGCACCAACCACAGAAGAUAAAGAAAAUAUUAAAAAGAUGAGUAACCGUGAAAUUAGCAAUGCUUUUCAUCUUAUUCAUGGCAGUCAUAUCAAGAGACAUGGAAUAUCCAGACUACUGAUGUCAAUCCAGACCACCAGAGCACAGCUAUAUUACAGGUUCUAUGCUGUGAAUGUCCUUGUGAUUCAAACUGUACAUCUAGAUGGAGCUGGUGUCAGACUUCUGUAGCAUGUUCUGGCAUAUCAGUAACUGCAGGUUUGUCAUCAUUAUGGCCCUGCUACACUAUAGCCAUACGGCAUCUGGCAUUGUCGUCAGUCAUCAGCCAUUGAGGGAACACUUCUUUGAAAUCAAUGAAAGCUGCUAUACUGUCCAUCUUGUGCUCACGUUGCAUCACGUCCAAUGGCAGCGUCCAAGCUCAAGAAUCUCUGAGGUUCAGUUCUCGAUGGAUGACGCACGUGUUAAUUCUAUCUUGUGAAUUUAAAUAAUUAUAAAUAAAGUUGAUUUUGGUUGCAUAUGGCCUCCACUAGACACCAUUGGUUAUUUUACUAAGAUUUAUGAAGCCAAGAAGAUGCUAGUGAGAAGAAACUCUAGCUAGGUAGCUACAUUGAUUAUUUUCACAUUGAAUACAAAAGCAACUUGUGUAAUUAGAGGAUCAUUUAGUACAACCACUAGCAACAAUUUAAUGAGUACUUGCGAAAAACUGGACUAAAGCUAUUGUACUUACGCAUAAUCGAUUAAUAUGGUACAGUAGGGAAAAAUACAAUAAGGACCCUUUUCCCCUCUGCUCCUCCACUCUCAAAACAACACGCUCUGUGUAGCAGGUAGAACGUCACAUUGACACUACGCUGAUGACCUGCUUGCAUGUGGGGUGGCAGAGUGUCACAAGAAUUUCUAUCUCAAUGUUUCAAACUGAACUCUUAUAUUACUCAUCUGUAUCCCAGAGGUUGUAAAUCUCUAAUAAACAGACAGUCUCCCAGUUUACAAUUAUCAGGUCUUUAUUCAGAGAGCGCUCUGCCCCAAAAUGGGUGCACAGUCUUUUUAUACUCACUCACACACACACACACACAAGUUCUUAUCAUAGGCUACUCCUUGCUCAGGCAGGCUGCAUUUUUUCACUAUUCCCAUACAUAGUUAUCGCGUUCUCACAAUAUUCUGCAAGCCUCUCACUCCCCCUCUCUGUGUGGGGACAUCUGUUUUUGAAACCGGUCUCCUGUUAUUGGUUUCAAAGUUUGCACUUCUGCUUGCCUAACUACAAGACACAAAUACUUUGUUGUUGGGCAAAUAUGCAUCUUAUAUAAGCAUAUGAUUAACUCUCUAAGCUCUAGUCUUCUAAUAGUCAUACAUUAUUAGUUUAACUGAGGGUGUGACAUUUUAGUCAUAUCUUACUCACACAUUUCUUUAGCACAGAGUAUUAUGUGUGUGUGCGUGUCUGCGUGCGCAUGCUAGGAAAUGCUUGCAUCUGUGUAGUGGGUGGCAGUGUAGUGUGUGUGUGUGUGCGCACAUGCUCAUGAGUGCGUGCGUGUGUUUGUGUGUGUAGGUAUACACUCAUAUGACCAAAAAGGAAGAACACAUUUUUGAACACAGAAACACCAGUAUCCACUCUUCGCUGGGCUUUACUUAUACUCAAGGAAACCAAAACCUACAUUUGGAAAACGCCCCGCCAAGACAGCUUGGAAAUAGCUAAUUACAGUCGUUUGACAAAUUGGCGCAAGCCCGCUCUAUUAUUGCUAAUUUUCAGACGCGAAUAACUUAUUAAUGGCGUCUUCAGGGGGUGUCACUGGGGAAGCCUACACACAUCCAUUCCUGUAAUGGAGGUGCCUAUGAGGGUUGUGUUAUUGUGCAUCCACUUCACAUCAGUUUCCCAUGCAGAGAAACACUACCCCUUAGGUAAAUGUGUAGUUAAAUAUUUAUAGUAUGUUUGGAUCUGUGCUGUCUUGCCAACUCCUAUGGUCAUUGUUAUACCUUGUCAUGCCAAACAUGGCUUGAUUAUGCUCAUAGGAGCUGGCUAUAGCGCAAACGGAUCUGGUGUUAAGUAUGAAGUGCAUUGAUAUACAGUGUAUGCACCGAGUCUCCCGAGUGGCGCAGUGGUCUAAGGCUGUGCCACUAGAGAUCCUGGUUCGAAUCCAGGCUCUGUCGUAGCCAGCCGCGACCGGGAGACCCAUGGGGCGGUGCACUAUUGGCCCAGCGUUGUCCAGGGUAGGGGAGGGAAUGGCCGGCAGGGAUGUAGCUCAGUUGGUAGAGCAUGGCGUUUGCAACGCCAGGGUUGUGGGUUCGAUUCCCACGGGGGGCCAGUAUGAAAAAAAAUAAAAAUAAUGUAUGCACUCACUAACUGUGAGUCGCUCUGGACUAAAAUGUAAUGUAAAAUGUAUACACAGAGAGUAAUCUCGUCUCUCCUCUUAUUUCUAUAAGAAAUUGAUUGGUUGGUUGAUUGGUUGCAGUGAAUUUAAAUAUUCCCUCAUUUGACAGCAGAUUGAUUGGAAUUGGCAUUUUAACUGAAUAGUAUUCAGUCAAUGGGGUGUCAGUCAAACACUAUGAGUUGCUGUUCUACUGCUGACACCAUUCUCCGAUGGUCUGCUAAAGAGAUGAGACAGACAAGACAGGACUUGUUGUUUUGACCUCAAAGUGAAUUGUUUCCCGACACCACAGGCCUAAAGCGUUGUUUAUACCCUAGCCAAAGCCAGAUGCCAGGCUUUGCUUAUAAAAAUAACACACGCUUGCACUGACUACACACACACACACACAACACACACACACACACACGCACUUCCAUCAAAGGCAUGCACACACACGCACCCUUGCAUCAAACACAAGUGGCUUGGCUUAAUGAGAUUAUCAUAUCAAAUGGGACCCGGGCUGAUUUGAUAUUGAUCAAUAUCCCCAUGUUACAUCAUAUUCUGUAGAGCGAUGGUGUGAUAAUGGAGGAGAAGUAGUGAGUGUGAGGCACUGGUAUCUCCUGCAGGUCUGCGACAACACAAAAGGAGCACCUUUUAGGCUCUGCUCUCCAUGACCUUCCUGCAGCCGAGACAGACGAAUUCCAUAUUUUUAAGUGUCCCUUCGAUUUCAUCCCCCAAGGCCAGAGAUAAAGAGAACAAGAGGACAAGAGAACAUAGACUUGACCCAGAUUGAAACACAUAACCUCCAGUCCUACUUGUUGCAUGGCUGAACUGAUGCGCAGCGUAAUCCAGACAGUCUGUCGCCUUGGAAAUGUCACAGGGUUGCAAUGUGGUGGCCAACCGUAAAUGUGCCCUCCUUCUAUUAAAGGCAGAAUGUGCCCCCCUUCCACCCCUCCAUCCCUAUUUCCUGUGGAAGUAAAACACAUUUCCUGUGUGAACAACACUUCAGGAAAGACUCCUACACACACACCUUUGAUAAAAAUGGCAAGACAUCCUCCCACACACACACGUUUGGCGGGAAGAGUGUGACAAGAGGUGCCAGUCUGUCAGCGAGUGUAUUGUUUUGAGAUGGGACUGAUUAGAUGUACCAUUGUUGGUAGUUGACACUCUUCAAGCAAGUCCCUCAAUUCAUUAUUCUUCGUUAUUCUUAGAUGGUAAUGUUAGGCGCAGUACCACAUAACUGAUGUUACCGGCUGAGACUAUGCAAGUUACAACUCUGAGAAUUGUUAAAGAUCCAAUGCAGACAUUUUUAUCUCAAUAUCAAAUAAUUUUUGGGUAACAAUUAUUUUCAAUUAAAAUGGUCAAAAAUAAACAAGAAUAGCUUCCUAGCAAAGACCAAUUUCUCAAGCAAGUUAGCUUUUAUUGGCAGAUAGCUGGUGUCACCAGGCAGACCAAAACUCCAUCCCACCAAACCAGGCUGAUUUCAGGCGGUCUUUUCAAACAGCUCUUACACUUAAAGGUCAUUAUCAUAAUUUUCACAAUUUCACAGUUUUAUUCCAACCUCAUAGUGUGGAAAUAUAUAUCAAACACAGGAAAAUCACGUUUUUGACUGCACUGGGCCUUUAAUGAAUGGAAUGCUCAAAUUCGUUCAUUGCUAAUGCGAAGGGAGAGUAACACAUUUUGGAAGACAUGUGUAGGCUAAUGCAGUAUUUUCACCCUCUACCCUUCCCAUGCAUUACUUCUACCCUUUACCCCAUUUUAUGCCUAAAGAAAUGACUAAAUGCCUCAUUGCAUGUAUCUAUUUUGGUCUUGUCUUGCUUUGUGGUACUUUUUACCUCACCUAAGAAAAGGACCUCAGGAAAACACCAUAAUGAGAUUUCUGUGAUGAAAUACAAUGAAGCCCUGAAAGAGCAGCCCCCUGUGUGGUUUGGCUCUUUUAAUCAACCUGUAGCACUGCACACACACACACACACACACACACACACACACACACACACACACACACACACACACACACACACACACUUCAUUCACCUGUACUGCUACUGAAGCCCAAGUGCCACUCAGACUAAAUGCCAAGUGAUUACAGAUUAGUUGAGGGACUGCACGGACUGCUCUCUGGCGACGGCUCUUUGGGGGAUUUCCGACCGCCAUUGAGAUGGCAGCCAAGGCUCUGAAAGUUAUCAGAAACAGAGUCCGGAGGGGAACUUGUCUGUUAGCGAGGCGCUUCAUUCAAGGAAAGGAGAUGCUAAUUAUCAUUAGCAUCAACAAGCCGUGGCUCUCAGUAAUGGACAGUCAUAAAGUGAGACAAACCAGAGGACAUAGCAGCAUAAUAAAGUGUGUCCCCAGGCUUACAGCGUGUUCAGAGUAAUCUCCUACUAAUUUGGACGAUCCAUUGUUUCAGCUUUGUCCGUGGCUUUGUCCAAAAAGCCUCUUGUUUGAUAUGAAUGAAUCCAUGUUAUAAUAGAAACCACCAGACCACAAGUGGAUUUCUGAACGUCUUUGUGUUUUGGAAACACAGGAGACAAAGACAGGAGCAAGGUUGCAGUCAAUUCCUUCUCAAUUCAGUACAGGAAUAGACUUAAAUAAUUCAAAUCAAAUGUAAAAAAAUUAAAAUAACAUUCACACAUUCAUUUAUGUAAUUUGCCACUACAAAAACUAAAUUCAUAAAUGGGACUUCCAAUUUAUUCCUUGACUCCACACACCCUGAAAGAGAGGACUUCCUCUGAUUCAGAGGGGUUGGGUUAAAUGCAGAAGACACAUUUCAGUUGAAUGCAUUCAGUUGUACAACUGACUAGGUAUCACCCUUUCCCUUUUCUUAUGUUUGACCUUUGACCCCAUUUCGACGUCUUGACCCCUGCAGGUACAUGGCCAUUAUCCACCCUCUGAAGCCCCGGCUGUCAGCCACGGCCACCAAGGUGGUGAUUGUGUGUAUCUGGGCGCUGGCCGUGGUGCUGGCCUUCCCCCUCUGCUUCUACUCCACCAUCCGCAUCCUGCCCCGCCGGACCAUCUGCUACGUGGCCUGGCCCCGCAAGGAGGACGACCCCUUCAUGUGAGUAACGACACCUUUAGCCCAGUAGCCUCCUUUGUAGACUAGCCUCCUUCAAGCCUUAAAAAAAAUAUAUAGUAUAUAUCUUUAAAGUAUUUUGUAUGUUUAUUGGCUAGAGAGAAAGAGGUGAAAGGUAGGAGAGAGAGUGCUGAAAGAGCAGUAGGCCAGAUUUGAACCCCAUGCUGGUAGCGGUACAUUGUACCAGGGCAUCUCAUUCUAGACUUCUAUAUGACUAUUUCAUGAGACAAUUCUAUCACCCUAAGCUUCUUUCAUCAUCAUAAGCCUCUUUAUUUCACUCAGUUUUACAUGGUUAUAGUUUGUGGCAGCUUAUGUAUUAUGGGAACACUGCCUCUACCUCGCUCUCCAACCAAGGUGCAUGAAUUGAGGAGCAAACUAAAGUGAGGAGGAUAUUCAGCAACUCUUGGACGACAGUGGAAGUUCAUAAAAAAGCAUAUUUAUUGUUAUUUCAGCUCGUGGCCUUCUUCAGGGUUGCAUUAUGGCAGCAUUAUGAUGCAUUAUGGCAGCCAUAUUGUGCCAGAGCGCUCAUCACACAUUGGCUGUGGCAAUGGAAAGAUGUGACUGUACCAGUUGAGAUAGAGAUGAUUAGCUUGCCCGCUCUAGGCCAGCUUAGCAUAGACCUUCUUUUCACUCCUCUCUCCACAAGUCAAUGUGUUAUCUCACCUCACUCCUUUUGUUGUGUUACAGUAUACCGAGGGGAAAAAAAGUAUUUAGUCAGCCACCAAUUGUGCAAGUUCUCCCACUUAAAAAUAUGAGAGAGGCCUGUAAUUUUCAUCAUAGGUACACGUCAACUAUGACAGACAAAUUGAGAAAAAAAAAUCCAGAAAAUCACAUUGUAGGAUUUGUAAUGAAUUUAUUUGCAAAUUAUGGUGGAAAAUAAGUAUUUGGUCACCUACAAACAAGCAAGAUUUCUGGCUCUCACAGACCUGUAACUUCUUCUUUAAGAGGCUCCUCUGUCCUCCACUCGUUACCUGGAUUAAUGGCACCUGUUUGAACUUGUUAUCAGUAUAAAAGACACCUGUCCACAACCUCAAACAGUCACACUCCAAACUCCACUAUGGCCAAGACCAAAGAGCUGUCAAAGGACACCAGAAACAAAAUUGUAGACCUGCACCAGGCUGGGAAGACUGAAUCUGCAAUAGGUAAGCAGCUUGGUUUGAAGAAAUCAACUGUGGGAGCAAUUAUUAGGAAAUGGAAGACAUACAAGACCACUGAUAAUCUCCCUCGAUCUGGGGCUCCACGCAAGAUCUCACCCCGUGGGGUCAAAAUGAUCACAAGAACGGUGAGCAAAAAUCCCAGAACCACACGGGGGGACCUAGUGAAUGACCUGCAGAGAGCUGGGACCAAAGUAACAAAGCCAACCAUCAGUAACACACUACGCCGCCAGGGACUCAAAUCCUGCAGUGCCAGACGUGUCCCCCUGCUUAAGCCAGUACAUGUCCAGGCCCGUCUGAAGUUUGCUAGAGUGCAUUUGGAUGAUCCAGAAGAGGAUUGGGAGAAUGUCAUAUGGUCAGAUGAAACCAAAAUAGAACUUUUUGGUAAAAACUCAACUCGUCGUGUUUGGAGGACAAAGAAUGCUGAGUUGCAUCCAAAGAACACCAUACCUACUGUGAAGCAUGGGGGUGGAAACAUCAUGCUUUGGGGCUGUCUUUCUGCAAAGGGACCAGGACGACUGAUCCGUGUAAAGGAAAGAAUGAAUGGGGCCAUGUAUCGUGAGAUUUUGAGUGAAAACCUCCUUCCAUCAGCAAGGGCAUUGAAGAUGAAACGUGGCUGGGUCUUUCAGCAUGACAAUGAUCCCAAACACACCGCCCGGGCAACGAAGGAGUGGCUUCGUAAGAAGCAUUUCAAGGUCCUGGAGUGGCCUAGCCAGUCUCCAGAUCUCAACCCCAUAGAAAAUCUUUGGAGGGAGUUGAAAGUCCGUGUUGCCCAGUGACAGCCCCAAAACAUCACUGCUCUAGAAACAUGUCAUCCUACUAGCACCUACAGUAGGCUCUUCUCUCUUCCCUUCUGCUUUUCUUCUCUCUGGAAGUGCACACUGGUCUUCUCUCUCUCUUUCGGUCUCUCUCUCCUCUCUCUCUCUCUCUCUCUCUCUCUCUCUCUCUCUCUCUCUCUCUCUCUCUCUCUCUCUCUCUCUCUCUCUCUGAGAUUUGAACUGCUCUAGUUUACCUCACUCUUAUUUUUGUCCCUCCUCUCAUCCCCUACUUCUCUGUCCACAUAUCCCCUUUAAAAAUGGGCCAGUGCCAUUUUGUUCAUUGUUGUUUCUAAUCAAUCAUCUUUGUUUACAUUCUGGUUUUCUUCUUCUCCCUGUCGUGCCCAGGUUUCAUAUCAUUGUGAUGAUACUGGUCUACCUGCUGCCCCUAAUGGUAAUGGGCAUCACCUACACCAUCGUCGGG